GGGUAAGUAGUUGACCACCGUGACCCAAUUUUACCGAGAAUGAUACCAGCGACGCAACUGUCGCAGCUGCCCCAGGAUGUGCGGAAACUGGUUCGGAGAGUGUACAUGAAUCGUUCGGUUGCAGACUUUGAGAAGCUGUGCAAUCGACUUCCACGUUGCUCCGCAUUUGAGCUAUGUAUACUGCAGCCAGUGCUCUACAUGUAUCUCGAUCCAGACCGCAUUCCUGCGAAGUCAACUCCAGCCGCUGCCACUGAUAUAGAGCUCGUCUACAGGUCACUUCUCGCGAUUGUCGCAACUUUGGAUUAUGUCGAUGGUUCUGGUAUUGGCUCGGCAGUUUUGGAAAAGCAAUAUCUUAUUUCCGCCUGGAACCGUGUCGCUCCCUGGCUUAUCUUCUUUCAUGACCAAUUCAUCAUGUGCAGAGCCAACUAUCGACCCGUCGACAAGAUGGCUGCCAUCAAAGUUGUUGCUAGCUUACUAUUUUAUGUUUCGACCGUUGGUGACAAGCGCGGCGGAACCACAUUGCUUACCACUCCUGCCCUUUAUCGCCCGAUCGCAGAGUUGUGGUUGUUAGCCCUGGAAACCAAAGACAAAGAUGUAGUGUGCCUGUCGUCGCCAUCCAGCCUCGCUCGCACUACUUCUUUUCGAGUUUGCGGCUCCUUUUUGGUUUCAGUAUGCGUUUACGACGAAUCCUUUGUGACCAUACUACUCGAAGUGUCAGAUGGCAUUGAUGCCGUCAGUUCUGCAGCUCUGAAAUAUGUCAAGAGCUUACGAUCGAUGGCUAACGACCCUGACAUAGUUUCCAAUGCUUUCAAGCUCGAGCUGCUUGUACCACUGUUUUCGUGCUGUAUUGGAAUUAUUGCAACGACGAGCAUGCUCGAUGCGGCGAUACGAGAAGCAUACGUCCUCCGGCAGUCCGUCAAAGAAAUUUUUUGGGCUCUCCGUGUUCUUCAGUCUCUCCCUCUGGGUAGAGAGAGCAUGGCCCUUGCCCUUGCCCCAAGUUUUACGUACCUCGACUUUCUCCUUAAACAUGCCGACGACCCUGUAUCAGCACUCCAUCAAGCCCUUUGCGCACGUGCCUUCGAAACAAUGGUAAAUAUAAGUUCCGGACCCCUGGAGGUGAAGUUAGCGGAGACGGAUCCUCGUAGGAUCAACGAGGCUUUUUUGAGGAUCUUAUUCAAAUACAGUCUUGACGACAAAAUCUUGUCCUACGUCUGUAAACAUGUGGAUGACUGGUCUAAUAAUCUUGGACCAAUCGUGAGACAAGACGAACACCUCUUGGAUCUUUGGCUCAAAGUAGAGCAGAGCAUUCGAACAUAUGGGACACUUAGGUCCAAGGCAGAAACGAUAUGGUGGCCAUCACCGAGUGAAAGGAGCUGGGUUCUACAGUGUUACUGUGGUGGUAAUGCAGAAGACAUUCGCUUCAGGCAAUGUGCGGGAUGUCAGGUUGUACAGUAUUGCUCAAAGCGAUGCCAGCGUGAUUGCUGGCACAAUCACCAUAGGUUGAGCUGUAAUCUUUUAAAGGCCGCUGUCGGGUCAUCGACACCGCACCGCAUGAAACGUAGUCUGCGUCUGCUAGCCGCUGUAGAAGUGGCCCAUCUGCAACGCAAGUGGUACAAUAUUCGGAAAUUGGCCACCGCUGCACAGUGCGAAUAUCCGAAAGAUCGGGAACGACUUGUGCUCGAGCUCGGUCUUGAUAAGAACAACGAAUCAGUUCGACCUCUUCGAGACUACCUCUUCCUGUUCAAUGGCCUCUCUGAAAAUGAGGUUGUAGACCGCAUAUUAUCGGCUCCGAGGGCCCAACAUGAAGGACUAUUCCUUUGUUCGGUCAUCACGAUACACGAUCGAUAUUGGUCGCGGCAAAUUUUAUUCAGUCCGCGUAUGGCAUUAGAUCUGGAGAAAAUGGAGAAAGUGUAGCCGUAACGUUCAGGAUGUCUGAAUUCCUGUACAUUGUUUAGCGGGACUUGCUUGCGUUUGUUCUUUGAUUUGCUGUGUCGGGUCGUGCUGCCGGCCCCGACAGAGAUGACGCAGUCAUAUCACUUCUGAUUAGUAGUAGUACGACGGUUCAUUAAUCAUUGCUUUCUCCAGUCGCCCUGUUUACCCCUCACGCCCUGUAUAUGUAGUACAAUUUAAUUGAAACUAUUUAGAUAUAUAA